UCCUUGUGGACCUUGCCAAGUUCCGGUCCAUCAGCGUUGAUAUUGAGCACAACAGCGCGUGGGUUCAGACGGGUUCCACGAAUGGCGAACUUUACUACAGAAUUUCUGAGAAAAGCAACACUCAUGGCUUCCCAGCUGGUACUUGCUCAAGUUUAGGCAUGGGUGGGCACAUUUCAGGAGGUGCAUAUGGUGCCAUGUUGCGAAAAUAUGGCCUUGCAGUCGACAAUGUCGUUGAUGCACAUAUAAUUGAUGUUCAUGGAAGACUUCUAGACCGAAAAGCCAUGGGCGAAGAUCUUUUUUGGGCCAUCAGAGGAGGCGCAGGUGGCAGCUUCGGAAUCGUCACCGCCUGGAAGGUAAAAUUAGUUCCUGUACCAUCCGCUGUGACAGUAUUCACCGUUACCAAGACGUUAGAACAAGGUGCAACUGAACUCCUCUAUAGAUGGCAACAAAUUGCUGAUCAACUAGACGAGGAUCUUUUCAUCAGAGUUCAAAUUCAGACAGCUAAUGUCAGUAGUCAAGGUAAAAGAACUAUCACCACCUCUUACAAUGCCAUGUUUCUUGGUGACGCCAACAGACUUCUCCAGGUAAUGAAACACAGCUUCCCUGAAUUGGGUUUGACACGACAGGAUUGUAUCGAAACAAACUGGAUCAAUUCUACUGUAUAUAUGUCAGGCUUUGCAAAUAAUACUCCUCCUGAAGUUCUCCUUCAAAGAAUUAACAUGGACAGGGCCUACUUCAAAGGCAAAUCUGACUAUGCCAGAAAACCCAUACCUGAAAAGGCACUUGAAGGGUUGUGGGAGAAGUUAUUUGAAGCAGAGAGUCCUUUAGUAGUGUUUACUCCUUAUGGUGGGAUGAUGAACCAAAUUUCAGAAUCUCAGACUCCUUUCCCUCAUAGAAACGGUACCAAGUUCAUGAUCCUUUACUGGUCCAGUUGGCAAGAUGCAACGGAAAACGUUGCAAAGCAUAUAAAUUGGACUAGGAAGGUUUACAGUUACAUGACACCUUAUGUCUCAAAGAAUCCUAGGGAAGCAUAUGCUAAUUACAGGGAUCUUGAUUUGGGCAUGAACAGAAAUUCUAAAACAAGUUUUGUCGAAGCGAGUGCUUUUGGUACCAACUACUUCAAGGAUAACUUCUACAGGUUGGUGCAUGUGAAGACCAAAGUUGAUCCUGAUAAUUUCUUCAGACACGAACAAAGCAUCCCACCUCUUCCACAACAAAUGGGAUUAAGAAAUGAAGUGGAAUUCAUCUCCAGCAAAGCUUAGUUGGAUCACUAUUCUCACAAGUCAUGAUAGGAGCAGGGACCUUUUGUUUUAAUACUUUAGCUAAAUAAAGAAAUGUCAUGCUGUGCAAUUAUGCUGUCUUGCGGUUUUUUUAUUAUAAAUAAAAGCUUUGCAUUAAAUAGUCCAA